UAAUUGUGUAGUCAAAUGCAGCAGAAAGAAACGCCAGGAUGGGUCAGGAGGAAAGGCUUCGAGAUGGAAAAGUAAAGAACGGCAGACGCAGACGCGUGAACAGCUCAGCAAGAGCAGCAAUAUGUAAAUGAGGCAGGUAAGCAGGCAGGCGCGUCCCGGGUUUAGCUGCUAUAGGACAACAGCGAAUGCCCCCGUUGGCUGGGCCAGCGAGAAACGAGAGUGGACGAAAAAGUCGGAAAUUAUUAUAGACAGCUUUGCCGAAUAUACGUCAGAGCGCGUUCUGUGCCGCGGGGCCCACGAGGAUAGAAACGAGAGAAACGAGCGACGAAUGAAGAAACAUGCAAAGGAUUGUGGGAGGAACAGCGAUUGGGGGAAGGCAGGUGCAUAUAAAAAUUGCUACAGCUCGAGACGCUGGAAGUGCCAAUCCAUCCGUGUUUCUUGUUUCUUGUUUUUUACGUACAGAACUUUGUUCCCUAUAAGACUGGCCAGAUGUGGCUUUCAGACUCGGCUCGAGGUCCGGAUCAGGCGUGUAACGGUCGUGUCGGCUGCGGGCCUUGGCGCCCGGGAUAUCAUUUAGCGCCGCCCUAUGAGAAAGUUCAACUCCCGUUGUGCAGUUGCAUGGAAGUCAUGGAACAGGACUCCCCUGCUUCCAGGAUGGACAAUA